ACUGUAUACUGUGGUACCUUUGGAGCCCUCGCAAAAGCAUCGGACCAGCUACCACAAACCAUCCGUUUUCUUACAGGGGCAGUUAACGCUCGCUCAACACAGCAGCAGUAGUCCAUUUCGCGUAGGGUAGGAGACUGCUCUAGUUGACGAGUUCAAGCCUGCCGUACAGCGCUUUCCAAGGUAGGCUACCCUACUUUGGAGUGGAGCAGAAAUUUUGGACGCGUGCAUCUCUAUUGGGAAAACAGGACACAGCAAAAACACAAUAUUUGACAAGACAAUAAAAAUCGAAAAGAAAGAUAACAUUAUCGAGCGCCUUGACCUAGCAUUGAUGCAUCGACCGAGGCGGAGGCUAUUCUGCACCCACAAGAGACCAGAGACUGAUGCAGGGUUGAGUGUUUGUUUUUUUACCUUAGUUAGCGUGUUUUACACCUAAAUAUUUGAAAAUAACUUCGGGGAAAUGACGUUCAGUCCAGUCCAUUAGCGCUCACGAUACAUUCGGCUUCCUUUGUUUUUGCAUCAAUGUGAAGUGGAUUUUGAUGCGGACAGAUACCCCGCUCGCUGUAUGGUUGUCUUUCGUAUUCGGAGUCUUGGCUAGCUCGCUAGCAAGCAAGCCAGCAGCAUAACGUAUAUUAAAGUGAAUACAGGAAAGGAAUAACAUCCCGUUUCCAUGGACAACACGUCCAUCAUAACCCAGGUUGCAAAUCCAAAGGAGGAGGAAAUCAUUUCUUCAAGUCAAGAGAAAGUUUCCCAGUCCAACAGCAGCCUAAAGAAGCACAGGAGCAGGAGCAUCUUCAGCCCCUUCUUCUGCUGUUUCCGUAACUACAAUGUGGAACCGCCCGCCCCCAACAACAAGCCCUGCGCCCUACCCCCGCCGGCCGAGGAGAACGGCAGCCCCCCCAAGUGUGACCAGGUCCAGGUCAUCCCCAUUCCUAAUGUACGUGCUUCUCCGGCCAAAUACCUCCUCCCUGAGGUCAGCAUCAACGAGUACAGCAAAAACUGUGUGGUGAUCGAUCUUGAUGAGACCUUGGUGCACAGCUCUUUCAAGCCCAUCAGCAAUGCAGAUUUCAUUGUCCCGGUGGAGAUCGACGGAACCGUUCAUCAGGUGUAUGUCCUCAAGAGACCUCAUGUGGAUGAGUUUCUGCAGAAGAUGGGCGAGCUCUUUGAGUGUGUGCUCUUCACAGCCAGCUUAGCCAAGUAUGCGGACCCCGUGGCGGACCUGCUGGACCAGUGGGGGGUGUUCCGGGCGCGGCUCUUCAGGGAAUCAUGCGUGUUCCAUCGAGGGAACUACGUCAAAGACCUCAGCCGACUGGGCCGGGAGCUCAGCAAAGUCAUUAUCGUGGACAACUCCCCCGCCUCCUACAUCUUCCACCCAGAGAACGCUGUCCCAGUGCAGUCGUGGUUCGACGACAUGACAGACACCGAGCUACUGGACCUCAUCCCUGUCUUCGAGGGCCUCAGCCGAGAGUCGGAAAUUUAUACCAUGCUACAGAACCUCCGGGCCAGGUAGCACCAUGUCCACCCACACCCCUCACCCUCCUCCACUGUCCCACCUUUCAACCUCCCUCUCCUGCCUCAGAGCUCUCCGGGCCGGCACACACACACACACAUACGCUGUGCUGCAGCUCCGGCUAAGACUCGGGCUGUUCUGGUGCUCGCCUGGAGGGGGCGACAGUCUUACCUACGGGGCAUGGAAGGAGGCGGUGAUAUACGCUCACAUGGCCACACCCUCAAGGGUGGAGUCCAAACAAACACCCUGCCAUCUAUGGACUCGGACACCAGUGAGACGGUUGGCAAGGAGACGUGUACAUAAUAUAUGUUUGUAAUUCUGAUUCGAAUGAUCCACAUGGAACGAAAAGAAAGACAACUAAAACGACCUACUUUUUUAUACCAGAGGGAGACAAGAGUUAAGUAUCCUCUUGAGUCCUAUAUAUUUACCAAAAAAAAAAAAGUUGAUAAAAAACAAAACAAAAUAAACAAAACAAAAGCAAAUAGUUAUUUUCAGAGAGGUCUUGAAGACCACAGACUGUCGUCUCGUUUCUGUUCUCCCUAUGCAGGCAGUCUCUCUCUCGGUCAGCAGCGGUUCCAACAACUGUGAUUAUCUUCUCUUAACCCAACCAAGUGCCUUCUGACUGGUCUUUGUAUGAGGAUGAUGACAUUUUUUUUAUGCUGCAUAUUUACAGAGAACUCGAACCUUUAAAAAAAGUACACACUAAAGAAGUGGAGAAAUAUGUCUUUCAUUUGAAAUCCUAUUUAUGAAGAGGACUUUCCAAGUGCGUUGCCACAAGUAUCUAAAGAAUAUUUACUGAUCAACGGCUUAGAUUGACUCUAAGAUUUGUUCUUAAAUUUUGACAAAAUAUAUUGUCUUACGGUCAUUAUUUUAUGGUGUUUGCAUUAAUGGGCUAAUUGCAAUAUGACAUAUUAUGAGAUGAUAUGAUAUACAGUAUAACGCGAAAAUAGCUGUAUUUGUUAAUCAACAGCAAGCCAGUACAAUUGCAAUUUGAUGUGAUUUUAUCAUGAAGAAAAUAAACAAUGCAGACAGUUUCUGAAUCAUCUCCUGCAUUUGAUUGAAUUAAUCUAUUUUGACCAAACUGUAAAACAUAUAUCAAUAUAUCCUAAAGUGUAAUUGAAAACAAAUUGCAAGUAUGUCAAAACUUAACAGAAUAGCAUAUACAAGUCUUGAAUCAUGUUCCAGUGAUAAGUGGCAUUAUUAAAAUAAGUUGGUUCUCUG